AUGUCGACCGUCACCGAAAACCCAACUUCACCCAAUGCGAUCCCCGUCCGCUAUAGCUCGGCUGGCGUCUUCAAUGGCGUCCAGCAUCAGCCCUCCAAAUCCGUGCUGAAGCCUCUUCCCGAAGAUACGUGGAUCUCACCCAAGCACCACUCGUUGCCUCCUGCGCUGAGCCCUCCUUUGGCCCUCGCCGAUCAUACGAAUGGCAUCAAGCGCCGGCAUUCAAGGAAGAAAUCCACGACGGACAAUAUCACAACUCGGCGGACAAUGGGAGAAUGGACGGACCAGAAAGAGAAGAUCAUCUUGGGACCCUAUGACUAUCUGUUUGCACAUCCAGGCAAGGACAUCAGGUCGGCCUUGAUAAAAGCCUUCAAUGCCUUUCUCCAGGUGCCCCCGCGGUCACUGGAGGUGAUCACAAAGGUCGUCGGAAUGCUCCACACGUCCUCGUUGUUGGUCGACGAUGUGCAAGACGGCAGUAUACUACGACGGGGAAUCCCCGUGGCACACAAUAUCUUCGGCACUGCCCAAACCAUCAACAGCGCCAACUACGUUUACUUUCUCGCUCUUCAGGAAUUGCUACAUCUUGACAACAAGGAGGAAGCCAUUGAGAUCUUCACUUCUGAAAUGCUCAACCUCCAUCGCGGCCAAGGGAUGGAUCUUUAUUGGCGAGACACUCUUACGUGCCCGACUGAAGAUGACUACCUCGAGAUGGUGCAGAACAAAACAGGCGGGCUGUUCCGCUUAGCCGUCAAGCUGAUGCAGGCCGAGUCACCCGAGAAAGGCCGGAUAGACUGCGUGCCACUGGUGAAUCUGAUGGGUCUCGUAUUUCAGAUAUGUGAUGAUUAUCUGAACCUCUCCUCCAGCGUCUACACAAAGAACAAGGGCUUGUGCGAGGAUCUGACCGAGGGCAAAUUCUCCUUUCCCGUCAUCCAUUCCAUCAGGAGCAACCCGUCGAAUUUGCAGCUCAUCAAUAUCCUCAAGCAGAAGCCUACCGACGUCGAGGUCAAAAAAUACGCCGUACAGUAUAUGGAGGGCACUGGCAGCUUCGAGUACACGAAAAAGAUCAUCCAAGAGUUGAAACACAAAGCCGGCGCUCUGAUUGCGGAGAUGGAUGGUGGCUCUGGCAAAGGCCAAGAGGUCAAGGUUAUACUGGACAAGAUGGACGUGGACCGGUGA